AUGGCGGCCNUUCAUUAUUUUAGAAGAUUAACAAAGGAAAUGCCUACAGGUACUGUGACAUUUAGACGACAAAUGAUGACAUCUAGCAAAAUGCCUGAAUGGGAAAAAUGUCAGGCCCUUUUUGGCAAGCUGCAUGUCUCCACUAAGGGAACAAUAGAGGACAAUGGAGCAGGAUUCCUUCAGGUUGAUUUUGCCAACAAAUACAUUGGAGGAGGUGUUAUAGGAGAGGGCUGUGUACAGGAGGAAAUCAGGUUCCUUAUAUGUCCAGAACUGAUCCUGUCCCGGCUGUUUUGUGAGCGUCUUGAUAGCAAUGAAUGCCUUAUUGUAACAGGUGCUGAACGGUACAGUGAUUACAUUGGGUAUGCGCACACGUUCAGAUGGGCUGGGGACCAUGUUGAUGAAACAACCAGGGACUCGUGGGGACGACGGCAUUCCAAGAUCGUCGCCAUAGAUGCACAUGUGUUCCGCUGUUACACAGACCAGUUUCAAGCUGGCUUGCUCAAAAGAGAACUAGACAAGGCGUACUGUGGAUUUUAUCUUCCUGUAGAACGGAAAUAUCUUCCAGCAAUUGCGACAGGUUGGUUGAUCAUAAAUGGUGUAAGAGACUUAAUCAAUACAGAA